AUGUACUUUGUCGGUGAUUUGACUAACAAUCCACGUCAUGCAGCCGAUAAUGCCGGUGUCCUUCGUGGCAUUAUGUCUGCCGGCGAAGCUGUUACUUUUGCAAUUAACAGCCGUGGCACUUCUUUCGUCGUCAAGGCAGGCGCAAUUGGCGACUUUUAUGCCACUAGUGUUAUCUGCAUGGGAUAUAUGGCACUAUUUAUCAUCGAAGAAACAAACUACUUUGCCAAGAAUGAAGAAGAAGUCACGUUGCCAAAACACAUCAAAUUCGCAAGUGAACGCGGCACCAAGAUCGAGGCCUGUGAUGAGGCGCAUCUCGAACAAUCCUGCGGAAAAAAUGCGAAGUUGGAAGAGGUGGAUGCAAUUAUUGCCCCUGUUGCCGCGACAGCCGCGAGUCGUCACAACCAAUUCCGAUAUCAUGGCUAUUCAUCGGUGAUCAAUCUGCUUGACCUAACGAGUGUUGCGGUUCCAGUCGAAGCUCCGAAUAUGCAUAUCGAUGUGAAGAAGGAUACUUAUGGGCCACUAGAUCAGCUGGAUCCUGAUGUUCAGGCUGAGUACGAUCCUGAGGCAUAUCAUGGUGCUCCUAUUGCGGUUCAGAUCAUUGGACGUAGGCUGACUGAAGAGAAGACCUUGACUCUUGCGUAG